CCUGGUGUGAAGACUUUCACUUCUCCUUUGACGACAUCUUCACCAGACUUAGAGUCAUCUACAGAAAGAAAACGAGAGGAACAGCAACAGACCGAGUUGUCACGAUGUCUGAAAUCUUCAAUCAGCACGAAGAAUGUGAGGAACCAAGAGUAGUGCUAAUUGAAGGGAUACCUGGUACGGGAAAGACAAUAAAAAAAGUUGUUUUCGACUGGACCACAAGAAAACACGCAACUGGAAAUUGCUUCACGAAAUUUGUAAUAGUGCUUUUGAUCAAAUGCCGUGAUGUUCAGUCUGACCUUUGGGAGGCUAUUGAAGAUCAACUUCUGCCUCGAGAAGUUGGUGAAGACCAACGAGAGAGAUUCUUCGACUUCAUUCGCCAUAAUCAAUCUAAUGUUCUUCUGAUACUCGAUGGACUAGAUGAAGUUUCUGAGAAGAAGCUACCUAUGUUUUCAGAAAUUAUUCAAGGCCGUGUACUGCCAAACUGUCGCGUGAUUGCUACGGCAUGACACGAAGCUGGAGUCAAAGUUCGAAAGUACUGCGGCACGCUGUUAGAGGUCGAGGGAUUUACUGAAAAAGAUGUUGAAACCUUCAUCAGAAAUUACUUUAGAGCCAGACCAAAAUUGGCCGAGCAGCUUAUCAAACACCUGUAUGAUGACGACAACUUAUAUGAAAUAUUGACGAAUCCUCUCAACACUGCGCUUCUUUGCCUGGUCUAUGAAGAUUUGAACGGUGUUUUUCCUGAAAGUAGAACGAAGCUGUACAUGGAAAUAGUUGAGUGUGUAUUGAGAAGGUACAGAACAAAGCAACAACUACCGGAAAACGGCGAAGACCUUGUGGACCUUUACGAGAGUCAAUUGAAACACCUUGGUUCGAUAGCUUUGAAGGGUUUACUUGAAGACAACUUGGAUUUUGACGAGAUGGAGCUCGGAAAACACGAAGCGAGCAAUUUACCUGGAUUGGGAUUUCUGUCAGUUCAGCCUGGAGGCAGUAAGCUAAGACCAACUAGACGUUAUGGCUUUCUUCACAAGACUUUCCAAGAAUUCUUCGCAGCGUUCUAUCUCAGUUGUCAGCUUAUCAAGAAAGAAAUCACCACGAACAGCAUAGCUGCUAACAUAAAAUAUCGCCAUCAGCUGAAAGAAGUACUUCUGUUUACAUUUGGUAUGAUUGCAGCACGAUGCGAGGAAACAGUGGUGAACCUUCUGAAAAGUAUAGCAGCACAGGUAAACCAGGAAGAAGAGGAAGACGUAACUAUUAUAUUGGAGUGUGUUAAUGAAUGCAAAAAGGAGAACAAAAUUGUUGAUGAAAAAUUGGCUUCUGCUCUUGGCGCUUCCCUCCAAAUUGAUACUGUUGCUAUUUCAAGAGUUAAAGUAGAUGAAACUUUAGCUGUCUUUUUAAGCAACUUUCUUAAAACAAAUACAACUGUGACAACGUUUACAUCGACUGACUCUUCGAAAGAUGGGGCUAAGUCUCUGGCUGAGUGUUUGAAAUAUAAUACAUCGCUGACAACGUUAGAUUUGAGACUCAAUAAUAUUGGUGAUGAUGGUGCCGCUGCUCUGGCUGAGUGUUUGAAACAUAAUACAUCGCUGACAACGUUGUAUUUGCAUGGUAAUGGAAUUGGUGAUGAUGGUGUUGCUGCUCUUGCUGAGUGUUUGAAAUAUAAUAAAUCGCUGACAACGUUGGAUUUUUGUGGUAAUGUAAUUGGUGAUGCUGGUGCUGUUGCUCUGGGUGAGUGUUUGAAAGAUAAUACAUCGCUGACAACGUUGUAUUUGUAUGGUAAUGGAAUUGGUGAUGAUGGUGCUGUUGCUCUGGCUAAGUGUUUGAGAGAGAAUACAUCUCUGACAACGUUGAAUUUGUUUUGUAAUAAAAUUGGUGAUGCUGGCAAAGAUGCUCUAGUUGUCGCGCAGAAGUGUCAUCCAUCUCUGAGAAUACUCUUGGGUUGCUAUAAAGAACAAUUUAUUUGUCGAAGUGAAAUCUCUUUAGAAAAGUUGUCAGAAUAUAAUUUUGAAUUUUGUAGGGAAUGCCUCAUAAAACUGACAGCUAAUUCUUUUUCAGAUGGAUUUGAGCCAACUGGAAUAAUUGAUAAUAUUCGUCAACUCUACAAAAAUCGGGAAGGUUGGCUGGCACCGUUUCCCUGGUGUGAAGAUUUUCACUUCUCCUUUGACGACAUCUACACAAGACUCAAAGUCAUCUACAGAAAGAAAACGAGAGGAACCGCAACAGACCGAGUUGUCACCAUGUCUGAAAUCUUCAACCGGCACGAGGAAUGUGAAGAACCAAGAGUAGUAUUGAUUGAAGGGGAGCCUGGUAUGGGAAAGACAACUUACUGUAAAAAAGUUGUUUACGACUGGGCCACGGGAAAACAAGCAACCGGAAAUUGCUUCCCAAACUUCGUAAUAGUGCUUUUGAUCAAAUGUCGUGAUGUUGAGUCUGGCCUUUGGGAGGCCAUUGAAGAUCAAAUUCUGCCUCGAGAAGUUGGUGAAGACGAACGCGAGAGAUUCUUCGACUUCAUUCGCCACAACCAAUCUAAUGUUCUUCUAAUACUCGAUGGAUUGGAUGAAGUUUCUGAGGAGAAGCUAGCUAUGUUUUCAGAAGUUAUUGAAGGCCGAGUACUGCCAAACUGUCGCGUGGUUGCAACGGCACGACACGAAGCUGGAGUCAAAGUUCGAAAAUACUGCGACACGCUACUAGAGGUUGAGGGAUUUACUGAAAAGGAUGUACAAUCCUUCAUCAGAAAGUACUUCAAAGACAAACCAAACUUGGCCAAGCAGCUUACCAAACACAUAAUUGCUGAUUACAAUUUAUAUGAAAUAUCGACCAAUCCUCUCAACGCUGCGCUUCUUUGCCUGGUCUAUGAAGAUUUGAAAGGUGUAUUUCCUGAAAGUAGAACGAAGCUGUACAUGGAAAUGGUGGAGUGUGUAUUAAGGAGGUACAGAACAAAGCAGCAACUACCAGAAAAUGGUGAAGACCUUGUUGACCUUUACGAAAGCCAAUUGAAACACCUUGGUUCGAUAGCUUUGAAAGGUUUACUUGAAGACAACUUGGAUUUUGACGAGAAGGAGCUUAGAAAACACAAAGCAAGCGAUUUACCUGGAUUUGGAUUUCUGUCAGUUCAGCCUGGAGGCAGUAGACUAAGACCAACUAGACGUUAUGGCUUUCUUCACAAGACUUUCCAAGAAUUCUUCGCAGCAUUCUAUCUCAGUUGUCAGCUUAUCAAGAAAGAAAUCGGCACGAAUAGCAUAGGUAAGGUUAUAGGAUCUCACUAUAAGCUGAAAGAAGUGCUUCUGUUUACAUUUGGUAUGCUUGCCGCACGAUGCGAGGAAACAGCGGCAAACCUUCUGAAAAUUAUAGCAACAACAGAGGGACACUUGACUCUCAUACGUGAGUGUGUUGAUGAAUGCAAAAAGGAGAACAAAGAUAUUGUUGAAAAAUUGGGUUCCGCCGUUGGUGCUUCUCUUCAAAUUGAAUUUCUAGGUUUUUCAGGGAGAGAAAUAGAUGAAACUUUAGCUGUCUUUUUGAGCAACUUUCUUAAAACAAAUACAAUUGUGACAACGUGUGACUUGAGGAACCCUUUGAUAAAUGUAGCUGCUGCUCUGGCUGAGGGUUUGAAAUACAAUACAUCGCUGACAACGUUGAAUUUGUAUGGUAAUAAAAUUGGUCAUGAUGGUGCUGCUGCUCUGGGUGAGUGUUUGAAAUAUAAUACAUCGCUGACAUGGUUGGAUUUGAAUACAAAUGAAAUUGGUGAUGAUGGUGCUGCUGCUCUGGGUGAGGGUUUGAAAUAUAAUACAUCGCUGACAACGUUGAAUUUGUAUGGUAAUAAAAUUGGUGAUGAUGGUGCUGCUGCUCUGGGUGAGAGUUUGAAAUAUAACAAAUCGCUAACAACGUUGUAUUUGGAUCGUAAUAAAAUUGGUCAUGAUGGUGCUGCUGCUCUGGGUGAGUGUUUGAAAUCCAACAAAUCGCUGACAACGUUGUAUUUGCAUUUUAAUAAAAUUGGUGAUGAUGGUGCUGCUGCUCUGGUUGUUGCGCAGGAGUGUCAUCCACAUCUGACAAUACUUGGAAUAAAUUGAACCCUCCUAGAACAUGGCUACCUUGCCCUAUGACCAACUUUAAGAAGCGUUUACGUCAGGAAUAAGCAGCAAUUAAUGACUCUGACCUUGAACAGGGUAAAUGUACACUACCUUCCAUUUAUCGAUAUCAGUAUUAGUAUAAGAGUUACGUAGCAUCUGUUUACCAAGAUGAUUUACUUUGGUAAGAGCUUUUAUAAAAGCUUGCACGUUUAGUCAAGAGACCGUUACACUUUAUUACAAUCUUAUCUAUACAGCUUUUACCUUGUCACGUUUAAUUGAUAAAGCUGUUAAAAGAAACUGUGCUUCAUCUGUAACGCGCGUGCUUGUAAACCACCAGAUUAUCCGCGCGAGAAUAAUUUGGAAACAUUAGACUGCCUCGGAUUUUGUUGUAGUUGAAAAUCGGAUGUAACAUUUUUUGUCUUUAGCAAUAAAUUCUGCUCACAUAUUUUUUUUUUUGAGAGGGACUGCCAUAAUUGGUUAAACGUUGGAGUAAUUAUUCUUUGGUGAUCAGUUUAUUGAUUCUCAUAAACUUACUUCAGUGUGAUAAUCUGCUGACACUUAAGUCUUGUGAGAAAUUUGAAAUUGAUAAUUCUUAGGGUGCAAAGAGCUAAUUAAUCGACUUGUAGCCAUGUUGUAUGGUAAGACUCUUUAUGAUGACUCUGUGAGGCUUUGCUGUA